AUGUCCUUUCUUCACACGCAUUCGAGCGAGUGUUUAAAAAGUGAGCUCGAUCUUUUCUUUUUGCCGCCUACGCAAACUAGUAUCGAGAGUUCACAAUGGAUUCAUUACAAACCCAUCACUUCGCUCUCGGACGAUUCUCCGAUAGAAUUCGUUAUUCCGGGUCACGGAAGAGAAUAUUUAGAUCUCACACACAUCAUGCUGAGUCUUCGCGUACGCGUGGAAACGUCGGGCGAUUCCAUGGGGCAUAUUACAGGAACAAGCGAAACCACAGUAUCCUCCGCCGCCAUCAUAGACCCUGUAAAUCAUCUGCUCCAUUUCAUCUUCAAUCAAAUCGACGUGUAUUUCAACCAAAAACUCGCAUCGUCUCCAAACAACGCUUACGCGUACCGCGCAUGCAUCGAGGCGUUAUUAAAUUAUUCUUCACUCGCAAAAACUUCCCAUCUAAUCUCCUGUCUAUGGGACGCGAAUACAUCUGGAAGAAUGGACGAACCGGUGGAAUCAAAAACACCAAAUUCCGCUCUCGUAAGGCGCGCUCAUUACAUUCGCGGCGGGCGAGCGCUAGAUCUUAUAGGUCAUCUUCAUUGUGACGUUUUCAAUCAAAAUAAAUUUUUAAUUAACGGCGUAGAGGUACGAUUAAAGCUCGUUCGUUCGAAAGAUUCGUUCUGUCUUAUGGAUUGUUCAUCGUCGAAGAUUCACAUAUCGGAUGCGAGCCUGCUAGUAAGAAGAGCGAAAAUAAGCGUCGGAUUAUCGCACACGCAAGAAUAUUGA